AUGGCGUCGAAAAGUAGUGCGGCGGUGCUGGAUUCCGGGUCAGGUGGUUCCCUACAGCACUCUGCCGGCGCAUCUAAGGCCCUGAACGAGGCUUCAGGGUUCCUAGACACACUUCUAAGGACCACGGGCCCUCUCACAGCGGCGCAGCAAUGCGAACUCGAGCACUACCGCUUCGGGGUUGAGAAGGUCCCAAAUCACAAGAUCCAGGAAGAGGACAAUGUGGAAACUUUUGACCCGUCUAAGGAUACGCGGAGGCUCAUCCAACUCGCCGCCGAAAAGUCGGACGAUACGUACGCAACUCUGUCCGAGCCCCUUUCCAAUUCGAUAACUUUUGAAAUCAAGGCCGUUCUAGACAGGAAGAAAGUUCGAGGGACGGUGGUGGAUAAUAUGCUAGUCGUUGCCAUCCGAGGCUCGGUCACCUUGAUGGACUGGAUGGUGAAUGGGAAUGGCGAGCCGGUCUCAUCACAGGAUAUCGGCACGCCACCCGCUCAGUUCCAUCGGGGCUUUCUAGCCGUCGCCGAAGCCAUGCAGGAGCGACUCGCAAAACACAUCCAGGCCACAGUUGAAUCAUGGAAGGCUACGCAGACGUCACCAUCAUCCAGCCAGCUUGACCUGCUUCUGACGGGCCAUUCGGCAGGCGGUGCCGUGGCCCAGCUGCUCUACGCCAUGGCCGGGUCCGCGUCAUCACGGCUUGCCUUCACCGCCGUCGUCCCCAAUUUCCGGCAGGUGCAUUGCAUUACUUUUGGUGCCCCACCCAUCACAACCAUACCCAUCCAGCCCCCGGCGCGGGACCCCUUCCGGUCGGGCCUGUUCCUGAGCAUCAUCAACGAGGGAGAUCCCGUCCCCCUAGCACAAAAGGAAUACAUCGACGCGGUAAUACAGGUCUUUGUGCUCAGUCCAGAGAAAGCCGAGGAACUGUACCACGACGGGUACCCGGUCCCACGCCCCGUCUUUCGAGCAAGUGGGACCUGCGUUGUCCUUCGCGACCAGGAUGCUUCAAAUCUCGCUCUCAACCGUUGGACUGCCGUUCUGAUUCCGGAGGAGCGGCUCCACCAGAAAUUGUUUGCGAACGUAGCCGUACACUCCGGGAGCGAGUACUUGGAGAGGUGCAAGCUCUUGUUCGCGCGAGGCGGGUAA